CGCCGCCGCCCCCGCGGCCCCGGCCGGAGGAGACAGAUCAACCAGUCGCUCGAUGGGGAGCAACGGCGGACCCCCUUCUUGUGUCACCUUCCCACCUCUCUGUAGCAAGAAAAAUAACUUCAGCACUGCUUCGAUAACGAUGAUGGAGCUAGUAUUAACUGAAUGGCAAUUAUGGAUUUUUAACUCUAAUUCACAGUAAACCAGCAAGCCGUGUGCUUACAGUCCGACUAAACAUCAUUUCGUCUUGCUGCGUGCCUCGCCCGUUCGUGAGAAGUUGAGAGAUCUCUGUACACGGAGGGAUAUAAGCACCGCUCGCCAGAGGAACACCACUGACGCGGGGAGAGAAGGCGUCCUCACUUAUCCUUAACGAUACCCGAUAGCGUUAUCUGUACAGGCAGAGGAGAUCCAUAUCCACGCAUUUAUCUAUGUUUCUGGUGGUAAUGAGAAUGGCCCCACAGAACGCCGACUCGGAGUCUGUGCAGGUCCAGGAGCUACCCGUGGCCCUGCCGGACCUGCAGAAGCGGGGCAGCGCCGACGCCCGCGAGGAGACCAUCAGCGAGGGGUCCAUAGACCGGAUCCCCGUGCGCUUGUGGGUGAUGCACGGGGCCGUGAUGUUUGGCAGGGAGUUCUGUUACGCCAUGGAGACGGCGUUGGUCACACCGGUCCUCUUACAGAUUGGCCUUCCGGAGCAGUACUACAGCCUGACCUGGUUCCUGAGCCCCAUCCUCGGCCUCAUCUUCACGCCCAUCAUCGGCUCUGCCAGUGACCGCUGCACGCUGAGCUGGGGCCGACGGCGGCCCUUCAUCCUCGCCCUGUGCGUCGGCGUGCUCUUCGGCGUGGCCCUCUUCCUCAACGGCUCGGCCAUCGGUCUGUCCCUCGGCGAUGUCCCCAGCCAGCAGCCCAUCGGCAUUGUCCUCACCGUGCUGGGGGUGGUCGUCCUGGAUUUCAGUGCUGACGCGACCGAGGGCCCCAUCCGGGCCUACCUGCUGGACGUGGUGGACAGCGAGGAGCAGGACAUGGCCCUUAACAUCCACGCCUUCUCUGCCGGCCUCGGCGGGGCCAUCGGCUAUGUGCUGGGCGGGCUGGACUGGACCCAGACCUUCUUGGGCACCUGGUUCCGGACUCAGAACCAAGUGCUCUUCUUCUUCGCGGCCAUCAUCUUCGUGGUGUCAGUGGCCCUGCACCUGUUCAGCAUCGACGAGGAGCAGUACAGCCCCCAGCAAGAGCGGGCUGGGGAGGCGGCCGACGCACUGCCCCCUGCUGCCCGCGGGAGCGCGCUGGACGGUGGCGCGGGGCUGUUCCCCGAGGAGGUGCGGUCGGAGCACGAGCUCGCGCUGGACUACCUGGGCGCGGGCAUGGUGCGGAGCAAGAGUGACUCGGUGCUGCAUGUGCCUGACGCCGCACUCGACCUGGAGCCCGAGCUGCCCUUCCUGCCCGACAUCGAGCCCUCCAUCUUCCACGACGGCUCGUACCCCGGCACCCCCCGCAGCACCAGCCAGGAGCUCGCCCGUGCCAGGCCACCCUGCCUGGCCUCACUGCUCAGGGAAACCGCGAAGGAGGAUGACACGCUGCUCGAGAAUCACGCGCCCGAAGCCAAAGUCCCCAACGGCAGCGGCUCCCCGCCGACGGACGGCCCCAUGGGCUACACCAGGGUGGACGUGAGGCCCGUCGCCGCCGCAUCUGGCUCCAUGAGGCGGCGCAGGCACAUGUUCCGCCGCCAGGCCUCCAGCACCUUCUCCUACUACGGCAAGAUCGGCUCCCACCGCUACCGCUACCGGCGGGCCAACGCCGUGGUUCUCAUCAAGCCGUCGCGCAGCAUGAGCGACCUGUACGACCUGCAGAAGCGCCAGCGCUGCCGGCACCGCAACCAGAGCGGGGCCACGGCCUCCAGCGGGGACACGGAGAGCGAGGAGGGGGAGGGCGAGACCACCGUGCGGCUGCUGUGGCUGUCCAUGCUGAAGAUGCCCAAGGAGCUCACGCGCCUGUGCCUCUGCCACCUGCUCACCUGGUUCUCCGUCAUCGCCGAGGCCGUCUUCUACACCGACUUCAUGGGUCAGGUCAUCUUCGACGGGGACCCCAAGGCCCCCUCCAACUCAACCGCCUGGCAGGCCUACAACGCGGGCAUGAAGAUGGGCUGCUGGGGCCUGGUGAUCUACGCGGCCACCGGUGCGAUCUGCUCAGCGCUGCUACAGAAGUAUCUGGACAACUACGAUCUGAGCAUCAGGGUCAUCUACGUGCUGGGGACGCUGGGCUUCUCCAUCGGCACGGCCGUGAUGGCCCUAUUCGCCAACGUCUACGUGGCCAUGGUCAUGAUCAGCACCAUGGGUAUCGUCUCCAUGAGCAUCUCCUACUGCCCCUACGCCCUGCUCGGGCAGUACCACGACAUCAAGGAGUACGUCCAGCACAGCCCCGGGAACUCCAAGCGCGGCUUCGGCAUAGACUGUGCCAUCCUGUCCUGCCAGGUGUACAUCUCCCAGAUCCUGGUGGCGUCUGCCCUCGGGGGCGUGGUGGAUGCCGUCGGGACCGUGCGCGUCAUCCCCAUGGUGGCCUCCGUGGGCUCUUUCCUGGGCUUCCUGACAGCCACGUUCCUGGUGAUCUACCCGGAGGUGUCAGAAGAGGCCAAGGAGGAGCAGAAGGGCCUGUCUUCCCGGCCGCCUGGUGAUGGCGGGGACGGCAGCCAGAAGCCCACCGUCCUGACCCUGUCCCGGAAGGAGGGCCUGCAGGGGCUGGUGGAGACGGAGUCGAUGGUCUGAGCCUCGCCCCUGUGCACACACAUUCCUGGGGGGGGUGGGUUGGGGAUGGCGGGCGGGUUGGUCAGUGUGGCUUUGGUGACGGCACAAAGCAGAGUUCCUUCACGACACGGGUGGGGGUGCGGUAGCUCUAGGGUAGGCCUGGGCCUCUGGGCAGAAACACCACACUGAUUACUUUUCCACGAUUAAAAAAAAUCAUUUGAAAUUUUUUUUUUUUAAUUGAAAAGGAGCUUCUGAUUUCAACUGUUUAAUUUCGCAGGUAUAUUAUUCUGCAUGUUUUCAAACCGUAAGGCAGAUUUACAAUAGUUGCAAGCAAUCCAGAGAAAAAUAAGAUUUUCAUUUCCAAGGUCAUAAUUGAAAACCACAAGUCCGUGCUGUGGCUCGCCGCCUGCGGUCUGCGGAUUAAAGACAGCAGCCGUGUGGCCAGUCACUGGGCCUCUCUGCGCCCUCUGGGGGCCUGCAGGUGUCAGAUCUCACGUUCUGUUGGUGCUGCCAUUAUUGGAGAGUAUUUUUAUCAUUAUUUUAGAAAAAAAAAUUUUUUUUUCUCUCAAAACUGGUUUUCUUAAGGAAACCACAUGUUUUUUUUCUUCUCCUCAGAGAUUCUGAUGGCGUGAGGGGCAGGCCCGCCUCUGGGCAGCGGGAAGUGGCAGCCGCCCCCCCACCCGCACCCCCAUCCUGAACCUGUGCUGUCAGGAGGGCCCCAGGGCACCUGGGGGGCGGGACAGGGUCAACUGGGGGUGGCCUGCGGGGACGGCGGGCUGGGACGGGCACCUGCGGCCAGCAGCAUCCCAGGGAGCAGACAGGCCCCCGGCAGGUGCGCACCCAUGUCUGCGCCUGGACCCCCGACCCCCUCAUCGUUGUCCAUAGCUCCCCAGAUAGGAGAUGGACUCUUUCAUUGCACUUUGACUCGUGUUUAAACCAUUUUUGGGAAAUCAUGAGGGCAGAGCUCCAGGUGCGGCCUCGGCCCCUGGGACCUGCCGCCAGGCCUACCUCGGGUGCGUGGGACGCGGCCCCGGCCUCUUCUGACCUCUUCUGACCUCUCGGGCCUGCUGGGCCCACCCGACGCCGGAGUCGGGGCAGUGGCAAAGUGAUGCGAGUGUCUGGGACCUUGAGGACGGUCCCCUCCCCCGCAGGACCUUGGUGGGGUCUCCGCUCUGAGCAUCUCAGCCAAACGCAGACUUGGGGGAAGGCACGCGGUUGAUAGAUGCCGCAGCUGCUGGGGAAUGCUUUCCAGACCAUUCUCUCACGACUGAGCAGUGUCUGCUUUUCUCAUUUGGAACGACCGGUCUGAGCUUCCUGAUGGCACCUGGACACAGACGAUGGUCAUACUUCGCUGCCUCAAGUUUUUUUUUUUUUUUUAAUGAAGAACUUUCAGA